AAGAUAGGUAUUUUGUCUGUUAUGCUGAUGAGGAACGUUAAUGCUCAGAGAUGUUAAGAAGCUUGCGUAAGGCCACAUACAUAAUUAAAUACCAGAGCAGAAAUUCCAGGGAAUGCCUGUACUCUUUCCAUUAUGUAUUUUUGUUCAUUAACCUAGGUAGGGGGCAUAGAAAUUCUGAGUUUGAGAGGCAUGUGGAAGGAAGUAUAUUUGGUUUGGUUUUGGACCUAUUGAAGUUCCUGUAGGAUGGGUAGGUGGAGUUUUGAAAGAGACAACAACCCAGGUAUUUUCACUUGGGAGAAUGUUGGGUGUAAUUUAUAUCAAGUUUUCCUUUUUGGUUUUAUUGUUAUUUAAUCCAAAUCAUUAGCAGUUUUUCUUUUUUCUUUUUCUUUCACUUUGUCACCCAGUCUGGAGUGUAGUGGUGUGAUCUCGUCUCACUGUAGCUCAACCUCCUGGGCUCAAGCGAUCCUGCUGCCUCAGUCCCCGAGGUAGCUGGGACUACAGGUGUACAUCACCACUUCUGGCUAAUUUUUGUAUCUUUUAUAGAGACGGGGUUUCACCAUGUUGCCCAGGCUGGUCUCAAACUCCUGAGCUCAAGCUAUCCGCCUGUCUUGGCCUUCCAAACUGCAAGGAUUACAGGCGUGAGCCACUGUGCCAGGCACAUUAGCAAUUUUUCAUAGCAUAUCUACAAAGUUCUAAUAUGUAUAUAAUGUAUAUUACAAGAACAUAAGUGCUUUGAUUUAGGUUAUUCAGUUAUAUAAUUAUGUUGAGUCCCAACUGUGUGCCAGAUACCGUGCUGAGUAGGUAGUAAACAUUGGUAAGCAAAACAGACAUAGCCCCUGCCCUUAUCAGACUACCCACAUAGCCCGGACACAGUGGCUCUCACCUGUAAUCUCAGCACUUUGGGAGGCCAAGGCUAGAGGAUCGCUUGAGGCCAGGAGUUUGGUCAGCCUGGUCAGCGAGACACUGUUUCUACCAAAACAAAAAAAUUGCUGGGCAUGGUGUUGUGUACCUGUAAUCCCAGCUAUUGGGGAGGCUGCAGUGGGAGGAUUACUUGAGCCUAGAAGUUGGAGGUUGCAGUGAGAUGUGUUUGUAUACCUUUUGUCAUUAGGUCCAUAUUUAGGCCCUGAAAUAGGCUAAUCAAAAUAUUUAUUUAUUUUUUUUUUCAUUUGUUUUCAGCUGGGGACGAAACACAGUAGCUUUGCAGAUAUAAAGUGGGAGCACAACCUAGCACUGGCAUUGGAGGUCCUCAAAACAGUCCCCAGGUUUGGUGAUUCAAUAGGAGGGCUCUUAGGACUUAGUAUAUAAUCUUACUCACAUCUAUGAUUUGUUACAGCAAAGAAUCAAAGCAAAAUCAGCUAAGGGGAAAGGUGCUUUGGUCUAAAGGGAACUAAGCACAAGCUUCCAAGAGUUAUCUCCUAGUGGAGUCACACAGGACAUGCUUAAUUCCUUCAACAUAUAUGAAAGGUUUUCUGCCAGAGAAGCUCAUUUGGAGACUCAGUGCCCCAGACAUUAAGAGACUUGGUCCAAGCAAUCACAACUGCUCUGUUGAUUCUGAGGAUUCUGCAAAGGUAACCAAGGAACAAGUUCCAGUUCCAGUCUACCACCCAACACCUAGCCAGACUCGGCUAGCAACUCAGCUGACUGAAGAGGAACAAAUUAGGAUAGCUCAAAGAAUAGGUCUUAUACAACAUCUGCCUAAAGGAGUUUAUGACCCUGGAAGAGAUGGAUCAGAAAAAAAGAUCCGGGAGUGUGUGAUCUGUAUGAUGGACUUUGUUUAUGGGGACCCAAUUCGAUUUCUGCCGUGCAUGCACAUCUAUCACCUGGACUGUAUAGAUGACUGGUUGAUGAGAUCCUUCACGUGCCCCUCCUGCAUGGAGCCAGUUGAUGCAGCACUGCUUUCAUCCUAUGAGACUAAUUGAGCCAGGGUCUCUUAUCUGACUUCAAGUGAACCACCAUUUUGGUGGUUUUGAUCUUUUGUCACUGAGCCCAAAGAGCCAGGGAUUAGGAAUUAAGAUCGUGCACAAAAGUUUCCUUAAAAUUCCUGGAUGGCUGCAGAUGUUGGGGGGAAAAGUACGUGAUAUUUUAGAAACUUAGUGGGAAAAGUAGGAUGGUAUUUUUAUGUAAAGCCUUGACCCAAUGUUUAAAAAUAUAAUUGUAUUUAGAUCUUGUUAUUGCUCCAGUACAUAGGAAUUGUGUAAAGUGUUAAACAGCAGCUGUAUUUGUUUAAAUUGUGUGUAUUGAAGAUUAGGAAAAAGAUAGUAGUUAUUUUUCCUAAAUGAAAUAACUUUCUUCUCUUCCCCUCCCCACCCGAAUUCUUUUCUGAAGUUGCUGGCAUUUGGGUCAAGGUUUUAUUAAAAGCUACAUUUUAUAACACUGGCACACACAAAAAAGUAGUUUUAAGCUUGUUUGCACAGUUCUUUUUUUCCAUUGGAAAUGGAAUUCAUUGCCUUAGGUCUUUUUAAAUAGUGUAUUAUUAUCGUUGGGGCUGGCUCUAUGCUUGAAAACCAGUUUAUUUAUAACCUGUUAUAAGUGCUAUAUUCUGUUUGCAGUUAGGAAAUGCAGAAUUCAAAGUGAUCUCCUAGCUUGUAAGCAAACUGAGAUGCACUAUCCCUUUUCUAUAAAAAAUAAGUUAAUGUGUCAAGAAACCAACUCUAUUAAGGUGGGGUUUAAUAUUACCCUUUCCUAUGUGUUUUAUCUAAUUAUUUUGGUUGUUAAUAUGGUGAUAAUGGAAAGUCAAGUUAAAUUUUAAAUAUUAAGAAUUCUGAUUUAUUGAGAUUGAAUUAUGCCACCACGUUUAUGUAAAAAUGAAGGUGGCACCGUGGUGAGACCUAAUGAGAAAUAGUUACUCAGUUGUAAAAAUUUUGAUUUAUUCUCUUUCUUCUGACCUCCUUGCCUCUUGUCUUGAACCAUAGCAAAAGGAUACUGCAUCUCUCAUUACUGUAGUGCUGAGGUUAUUGAAGUUAUAUAAAACACAUCUCAGUCUCUGUUUCUUGGAAAGGUAUCUAUUACAUCCUGCUAGCUGACUGACAAAACUAAGCAGGGAGAAUAAAGAUAAUUGUAUUUUAUGUUUUGCACACAAACGCAGAAUUUGUAUAACCGUAUGACUUCAUAGUUGUGAUCUCAAAAAAGAAGGAAUUUCUCCUUUGUUUCUUGCAGUUGAUGUAAGAAUACUUUAAAUCUCUAGGCUUCUGAAGUGUUAGAGGUAGAGAUGGUCUAGUAAAGAUGUAGUAGUAAUGUUUUAUCCAUUUAGCAUGUGUUUAUUUUUUCAUAUGUACUCAAAGGUGACUUAUUGGUUCACCUCAGUGAUAUUACAGCUAAAAAAAUCAUUCAUUAGCAAAAGGAAAAGUGGUCUCAACCUAACAUCAGAAGUGUUUCUUAUUAUUAUUUUAUAUUGAGUUGAAUAUUGAACUCUAACACUUUUCUACAUACAAAACACAGUGUCAUGAAGGUUAUUCAUAAUUGCAUUAUAGAGGAAUGUAGUAUGUCAUAAGUACUUUGUAAAGAUUUGACAUUCAACUGUAGUAUCCAUAUGUUGCUUAAAUUUCCUUAUGAGCCCCAUGAUGGAAAGACUUAAAGAUGAAUUUGAGAAAAAUUGAAAGAAAUUAGAUUAUCAGGUUCUGUUAAAUUGUUACAUGUAUCUUGCUUAAAUUUCUGUUUAUUAAUUUAUAUCCACCCAAGUACAUAAAGCAAAUUUGGAGGAAACAACUGAAGUUGUGCAAUAUUUUCUGAUAAUUGCUUUUUUUAUUCUUGUGUUUUCUACUUAAACAUAAUGUCUGUGUCAUCAAGUAUUAUAGUCAGACUUUUCUUUUUUUCUAGAUUGUUAAAAUUGGCAAAUGAACUUUUUAAAAAAUCA